AUGCAUGUUCACGCAGAAAAGGGUGCUUAUAAAUGUAAAACAUGUGAUAAGACAUUCACACAUCCGAGGAACUUGAAGAGACACAUGCCUUUUCACAGUGAUGAACGUCCACUAAAAUGUGAAAUAUGUGAUAAGACCUUCAAAUAUCCGAACAACCUUAAAGAUCACCUGCUUAUUCACACUGAGGAACGUUCACAAAAGUGUAAAAUAUGUGAUAAGACAUUCAGACAGUUGAGGAGCUUGAAACUACAUAUGCUCAUUCACACUGGGGAACUCCCACACAAAUGUGAAAUAUGUGAUAAGGCAUUCAGACACUCAAAUACUUUGAGAAAUCACAUGCUAAGACACACUGGGGAAAAACCCCAUAAAUGUAAAGUGUGUGAUAAAAAAUUCAGACAAUCUCGUUUUUUGAAAAAACACAUGAUGAUUCAUACCAAAGAGUAA